AUGAUGAUGAUGAUGUAUUUUCACUACAGAAUCGGUGAGCCGAUUCUAUUCCGCGAAUGGUUGCCACAAAAUCUUCUCGCCUACAUUUUUUCAUGUUUCGGCAUAUUUUUGAUCGCUUUCGGGCUGGAAGUGCUGAAAUUUGUGAGAUCUCGAUUUUUGGCGCCAAAAAUCGCGCAAAAAUCGGCGACGGCGGAGUGUUGUUGUUCGAAUAAUGAGGGGAUUUGGGAGAUUCCCGAGACACGACCUUUGAAAUUUGACAAUCAGGAGGAUUCUAUUGUGCCGUGAGUUACUGUAGGGGUACUGUAGAUUUUUCGCGUGAAAAUUUGGAGCAUUUUGAGAUCAAAUAUGACUAUGGGGUACUGUAGAUGGUGGUUUUAGGGGGAAAAUUUCAGAUUUUCAGGCUGAAAUAUUGUUCUAGAUCCAAAUUUUGCGCUGAAAAUCAUGGAAAUCCUAAUUUUCAGCAAUUUUCAGAUAUUCCACAAUUUUCAGCACAAAAUUUCAGCCGGGAAACACUUUUGUUUGAAAAUUUUUGAAAAAAAGUCAAUUUCAGGUCAAAUUUUCCCCAAAUAAUGUUCUAGACCGAAAUUUUGUGCUGAAAAUCAUGGAUGACCUAAUUUUCAGCAAUUUUCAGAAAUUUCAAGAUUUUCAGCACAAAAUUUCAGCCAGCAAACUUUUUUAGCUGAAAAUUGUUGAAAAAAAUCAAUUUCAGGUCAAAUUUUCCCAAAAUAAUGUUCUAGACCCAAAUUUUGUGCUGAAAAUCAUGGAAAAUCUGAAAAUCGCCGAAAAUCAAGAUUUCCACGAUUUUCAGCACAAAAUUCUGGUCUAGAACGUUUUUAUAAUGGAAGAUUUGACCUGAAAUUAAUUUUUUUCAAAAAUUUCAACAAAAAAAGUUUCCCGCCUGAAAUUUUGCGCUGAAAAUCGUGGAAAACCUGAAAAUUGCUGAAAAUGAGGAUUUUCACGAUUUUCAGCACAAAAUUUCAGCCGGGAAAUGAUUUUGGUUGAAAAUUUUUGAAAAAAAUCAAUUUCAGGUCAAAUUUUCCCCAAAUAAUGUUCUAGAUCCAAUUUUUGCGCUGAAAAUCAUGAAAAACCUAAUUUUCAGCGAUUUUCAGAUAUUCCACGAUUUUCAGCACAAAAUUUGGGUCUAGAACAUUUUUAGAAGGGAAGAUUUGACCUGAAAUUAAUUUUUUUUUAAAUUUCAAUAAAAAAAGUUUCCCGCCUGAAAUUUUGCGCUGAAAAUCGUGGAAAACCUGAAAAUUGCUGAAAAUGAGGAUUUUCACGAUUUUCAGCACAAAAUUUCAGCCGGGAAAUGAUUUUGGUUGAAAAUUUUUGAAAAAAAUCAAUUUCAGGUCAAAUUUUCCCCAAAUAAUGUUCUAGAUCCAAAUUUUGCGCUGAAAAUCAUGGAAAACCGCAUUUUCAGCAAUUUUCAGAUAUUCCACAAUUUUCAGCACGAAAUUUGAGCCCAGAAACGUUUUUUGCUGAAUUUUUUUGAAAAAAAUCAAUUUCAGGUCAAAUUUUUCCCAAAUAAUGUUCUAGAUCCAAAUUUUGCGCUGAAAAUCAUGGAAAUCCGCAUUUUCAGCAAAUUUCAAAUAUUCCACAAUUUUUAGCACGAAAUUUGAGCCCAGAAACGUUUUUUGCUGAAUUUUUUUGAAAAAAAAAUCAAUUUCAGGUCAAAUUUUUCCCAAAUAAUGUUCUAGAUCCAAAUUUUGCGCUGAAAAUCAUGGAAAACCGCAUUUUCAGCAAUUUUCAGAUAUUCCACAAUUUUCAGCACGAAAUUUGAGCCCAGAAACGUUUUUUGCUGAAUUUUUUGAAAAAAAUCAAUUUCAGGUCAAAUUUUUCCCAAAUAAUGUUCUAGAUCCAAAUUUUGCGCUGAAAAUCAUGGAAAACCGCAUUUUCAGCAAAUUUCAAAUAUUCCACAAUUUUUAGCACGAAAUUUGAGCCCAGAAACGUUUUUUGCUGAAUUUUUUUGAAAAAAUCAAUUUCAGGUCAAAUUUUUCCCAAAUAAUGUUCUAGAUCCAAAUUUUGCGCUGAAAAUCAUGGAAAUCCGCAUUUUCAGCAAAUUUCAAAUAUUCCACAAUUUUCAGCACGAAAUUUGAGCCCAGAAACGUUUUUUGCUGAAUUUUUUGAAAAAAAUCAAUUUCAGGUCAAAUUUUUCCCAAAUAAUGUUCUAGAUCCAAAUUUUGCGCUGAAAAUCAUGGAAAUCCGCAUUUUCAGCAAAUUUCAAAUAUUCCACAAUUUUCAGCACGAAAUUUGAGCCCAGAAACGUUUUUUUGCUGAAUUUUUUUGAAAAAAUCAAUUUCAGGUCAAAUUUUUCCCAAAUAAUGUUCUAGAUCCAAAUUUUGCGCUGAAAAUCAUGGAAAUCCGCAUUUUCAGCAAAUUUCAAAUAUUCCACAAUUUUUAGCACGAAAUUUGAGCCCAGAAACGUUUUUUGCUGAAUUUUUUGAAAAAAAAUCAAUUUCAGGUCAAAUUUUUCCCAAAUAAUGUUCUAGACCCAAAUUUUGCGCUGAAAAUCAUGGAAAACCGCAUUUUCAGCAAUUUUCAGAUAUUCCACAAUUUUCAGCACGAAAUUUGAGCCCAGAAACGUUUUUUGCUGAAUUUUUUUGAAAAAAAUCAAUUUCAGGUCAAAUUUUCCCCAAAUAAUGUUCUAGAUCCAAAUUUUGCGCUGAAAAUCAUGGAAAUCAUCAUUUUCAGCAAUUUUCAAGUAUUCCAUGAUUUUCAGCACGAAAUUUGAGCCCAGAAACGUUUUUUGCUGAAUUUUUUUGAAAAAAAUCAAUUUCAGGUCAAAUUUUUCCCAAAUAAUGUUCUAGACCCAAAUUUUGCGCUGAAAAUCAUGGAAAACCGCAUUUUCAGCAAUUUUCAGAUAUUCCACAAUUUUCAGCACGAAAUUUGAGCCCAGAAACGUUUUUUGCUGAAUUUUUUUGAAAAAAAAAUCAAUUUCAGGUCAAAUUUUCCCAAAAUAAUGUUCUAGACCCAAAUUUUGUGCUGAAAAUCAUGAAAAUCCGCAUUUUCAGCAAUUUUCAAGUAUUCCAUGAUUUUCAGCACAAAAUUUGGGUCUAGAAACAUAUUUUUAUCCCAUAGAAUCCCAGUUGAUCCAUUUUUUUGGAAUUUGUGGCACAAUUUUCUACAGUACCUUUUAGGGCUCAAAAUCGACGAAAAUUUCGAUUUUUAAGGGCUCCAGACCCAAAAAACCCUCCCAAAUCCAAAUUUUUCACUCUCAAACCCUGAAAAGCUCACUUUCAGCUUCACUCGCUCCUCUCUUCUCGCCAAAUCCCACAUUUUUUCCUCAAUUCUUCUUUUUCUUCAACAUUUUAUCGAUUAUUCGUUGAUGUUAGUCGCAAUGACUUAUAAUAUUCCAAUUGUUUUGUCACUUUUUGCCGGGCAUACUGUAGGAUAUUUCGUGGUGGGACCAAUGAUGAGUUUGGAGCAAGCGGAUAGUGUUGGUGGAUGUUGCUCUUAA